AUGUCUUCAUCCAACAAGCAUGUCGUGUUUGACAUCGUCGGCACUUGCGUGUCAUACGAUGCCAUGUUCGACGCCCUUGAUCUACGCCUUGGCGACAGGCUCCGUGCUGAAGGCAUCAAGCCUCGCCUGCUCGGUUAUCUCUGGAUCGAGGUAACUGAGCGUGAAUACACAUAUCUGAGCAUGAACGGCCGUUAUAUCACAUUCCGGGAUGUCUUCAGUAGCAUUUUUUACCGGAUGCUGUAUAUGGCUGGUAUUCAAAAACCCAGGGAGUUCGCCAAUGACGAUGAUCUGAAAUAUAUUCUCCAACAAUACAUGAAGUUGGAAGCACGGCCUGGAAUUGCCGAGUGCUUUCAGAUCCUCAGAGACAACGGCUUUACUGUCUGGGCUCUAACUGCCGGAGACGUCGAGCGCGUUGGUGGCUACUUCACCCACAAUGGCAUCCACAUGCCCAAGGAGAAUUUCAUCUCCUGUGACGCGAUUAAGAUUGGCAAGCCGGAUCCCAAGGUGUAUAAGCUUAUGCUGGACCGCCUGGGUAACGAUGAGAAAUGGUUCGCGGCCGCUCACAAUUGGGACGUGACUGCUGCCAAGCUAGCAGGGUUCAAAACUGCGUACUGCACCAUUUGGGAGCAGGAGCUCUGCGAGGACCUCUUUGGCAAAAUGGAUGUCACGGCCGAUGCAUUCCCUGCAAUGGCGCGCCAGAUUGUAGCUGCAUCUAAUGCUGGCCUAUCUAGACUAUAG